UGCGCCUUGCCUUGCUUUCAUCUCCCUCUUUACACAAUGUCUGAUCUUCCUGCACUGCUAAUCGCAUCGUUGUACCCUUCAAGCAGAAAGCAAGCAGAGCAGAACCUCGCUGCUCUCUCGACGCAAGCUGGCUUCCUCUCGGCACUCCUCCAACUUGUCAUCACCCCCACGCAAGAUCGAUCAGUGCGAUUGGCGGCAAGCGUCUACCUUAAGAAUAUCGUAAAGAGAAGAUGGGAAGAUGAUGAACCCAUCAUCCCAGACGCAGAAAAGCAACAACUGCGAUCUCUUCUUGUUCCUGCUAUGAUCUCCCUUUCAGCUGCGACCGGCAAAAAUCUGAGAACUCAAGUUGCUGAAACCGUUUCAAUUAUUGCUGGAUAUGAUUUUCCGGAGCGAUGGGAUGGCCUGAUCAAGGAACUCGUAAAUGCUUUGAAUCCCUCUCCAGAAGCCUAUGCAGUAAACCUUUCUGUUCUUGAGGCUGCGCAUUCUAUUUUUGGCAGAUGGCGGUCUGAGAUGCGGUCCAAUGAGCUAUUUACCACCAUCAAUUUUGUUUUGUCCCAGUUCGUAGACCCCUUCCUGCAAGUCCUUCGAUACACAUCGAGAAUGCUUCUGGACAACCCUUUAUCGUCCAAAAAGGAUGCGGAGACCAUCUCUCAAGCAAUGGUCGUUUUAUUGUACAUCUAUUAUGAUCUUGUUUGCCAAGAUAUCCCUCCUGCAUUGGAAGAUUCACAUGCUGAAUUUUUUGGACCACAAACUGGAAUAUUCAUCCGCUUCCUCUCGUGGGACCCGCCAGAACUGCAGACUGACGCGGACGAGCCGACACCAAGUGUCCCUUCUCAGAUAAAAACGGCCAUUUUUGAGCUUGCAGAGGCCUAUACACAUCGUUAUCCCGAACUGCUCACGAGUUCGGCUUCUGUGGAAUCGUUCGUUCGAGCACUUUGGACUCUUCUUGGUGGUGGCCAACGUUCUGGAGUUGCAUACGACGGCCUCGUCAGCCAAUCGCUUCGCUUCCUUAGUACUGCAAUACGCUCGGGCAAUUAUCGUAGUAUCUUUGAGAGUAAGGAAACGAUAGACGGACUAGUUGAAGGCGUCGUAGUUCCGAACGUGACAUUGCGGACACAUGAAGUCGAACAAUUUGAAGACGACCCACUUGAAUAUGUGCGGCUAGACUUGUCGUUCGCGAGCGCGAGUUCGGCUGCCGUCUCCGGUGGAUUAACUGCAGAGGGGACUACACGACGUCAAGCUGCCGCAGACGUGCUGCGAGCUCUUGUUGGCAGUGGCUUCGAGGUAAUUACCACAGAGGUUGUACUCAAAUGGGUCCAGUCUGGUCUGCAAGCUUAUACAGCAGAUCCGCGAGGGGAAGAUACCUGGAAGAAGAAGGACGAGAGUGUAUAUCUCCUAACGGCCGUUGCGACUCGUGGGGCUACCGCCCAGCAAGGAGUAACAAGCACGAAUGCUUUAGUUGAUGUGGUUCAAUUCUUUUCGCAGAAUGUCUUCCAAGACCUACAAGCAGAAGGCACUGCUGUUCAUCCUAUUCUCCAGGUUGACGCUAUUCGAUAUCUGUAUACUUUCCGAAACCAGCUUACAAAAGAGCAACUAAUAUCUGUGCUUCCGUACCUCCUUCGCCAUCUCGAGUCGCCUAAUUACGUGUGCUACACAUAUGCAGCUACCACAAUCGAACGUAUCCUCGUCAUAAAACGAAACUCACAACUCCUGUUCAAUCAGGAGGAUAUCCGUGAGAUUGCGCCGCAGAUUCUGAAUGUCCUACUUACGAGAAUCGAAUCCGGUGGUACUCCUGAAAAAAUCGCGGAAAAUGAUUAUCUGAUGAAAUGCGUCAUGCGGAUCAUACUAACGGCGCGGGCGACGCUACUCCCCGCAUACGAGACUCUUCUUCAACGCUUGAUUAACAUCAUCGGUGCUAUUGCGAAGAACCCGAGCAACCCGAAUUUCGACCAAUAUAUUUUUGAGAGCAUCUCUGCUCUUGUGAGGUUCAUCGUCGCAGCAUCCUCACAGUCAUUAUCAGCAUUUGAACAAACCUUGUUCGGACCGUUUACAUUCAUAUUACAACAAGACAUAGACCAAUUCAUCCCUUAUGUGUUUCAAAUCAUCUCACAGAUGCUUGAGCUACAUCAAGACGACGUUCCCGCUGAUUACCGGACACUGCUUCCUUUCCUUUUGCAGCCCUCAAGUUGGGCUCAGAAGGGCAGCAUUCCGGGCCUCGUACGCUUAUUAAAGGCGUUCUUGCAACGCGAUGGCGCCCAACUUGCGACAACUGGACAGUUCACCAGCGUGCUCGCCGUCGUGCAGCAGAAGCUCAUUCCGUCAAAAGUCAAUGACACGUGGGGCUUUGAACUUCUUCAAGCCAUCGUUAGAUGCAUCCCGACUGCCAUGUUAAAUCAAUAUAUGAAGAGUAUUGUCACGAUGCUGCUUACGCGCCUUCAGACGGGUAAAACGGAUAACUACGCGUACCAGCUGGUCUAUUUCUUUUUGUACGCAAUGGCGAUUGACGCGGAUGAACUGACGCCCGAUUUCGUUAUUGGAGCCGUGGAACAAGUGCAACCCCAGUUAUGGUCGCAGAUUCUCGGCAACGUGGUCGUACCGCAAGUACAUAAGAUCCUUCCAAAGGACAGGAAGGUCGCCAUCGUCGGCUUAACGAAAAUGUUGACACAAAGCAACGUCACUCUCGCCGAACCCGCCAUCUCGCAAUGGCCAGCCGCCUUCUCCGAACUCACCAAACUCUUCACCGAAUCCAAACACCUCACAAGCGCUCAAUCAACCGAAGCAGAAGACCCAGACGAAGUCCUCCGUUCCAUCGACUUCGAAGAACAAGGCGCAGGGUACCAAGCCGCUUACUCCAAACUCGCUGCAUCCGAAUCCUCCCUCCCUGAAGACCCUGUACCCAGUGUCACUGACCCACGCGCAUACGUCGGCGAAAAGUUCGCCGCUGCUGCUGCAAGCGAUACGCGUAUCCACCCGCUUGUCGAGUCUGCGAAGACUAGUGGAGGUGAUGCGGUGCGCUCGUUUGUACAGAGUUUACAUGUUGCGGGGUAUAAUAUCUGAGAUUAGUAGUAAAAGUAAAGUACAUGAAUGUCUCAUUCUAUGUAUGUACAUAACAUGGAGUCUUCUUGACUUGAGUAUACUAGUAUAGAAUAGCUGAGAUCG